CGUCCCAUCGCUAUUGAGCAAACAAGUCUUCUGAUGAACGAAAGCGGUUUUUAAACCACUGGAUCUCUAUUCGUAUUUUGGUACUUCCCCGCAUUUGCGAGACGCCAUGGACGGAUCAAAUCUUUUAAUCCAAGUGGACACCAUCGAUGUGAAUGAUCUGGUCUAUGUGGAGCGGGAUCUGAACUUCCGGCAGAAGGUCGGGCUUUGUUUCCUGCUCUUCAGUGACGUUGAUGCAGAUGCCGCCUUUAUAUUGCAAAAGCUACUGGCCAUGGCCGCAGGGGAUCGGCAGCAGUCCAGCGAUCUACUGACACAGUACUCGAAAUCUCGGCCAGAUACUUGGCGGCGGCAGCUCGUGGAGGGGCUGUGCAUUAUCGGAGCCCGGCAGGUGCUUCGAAAGCUGGGCUUUCGGUGGUCUGAGCUGCGGCUGCAUUACCUGCCGCACAUUGCGGGAAUAACGCUUCAUGUGCAUCCGCUGUUGAAGAGCCUAUACAGGAUCUGUGAGGAUCUGACGAUGGCGCAGAGCGGUCGCCUGAUUCUCGAGGUUAGCGAGAAAGUAGGACGGCAGCAGGCAGGAGCUGGGGAUCCGCUGCGUUUCUACGACACUAGUUUUAUGGAGAUCUUUCUGCUAGAUUGGCUGACAAGGAGAUGCAUUCGACUAGGUGAUCUCAAUGCCACGGGGAGCGACGUCCAGCUGCUGAUCGAGCACCUUAAAUUCAACGAUAUGCAGGCGCAGGCCAAGCUAUUAAUUGAUACAAUUAAUAGUAAUGCUCAAGACAGCCAAAUACCUGGACCAGGUAGUGUGACGCCCGCUGCUCCGUUGGCUAUUAAGAGCGAGACUGUGGCGGAUAGCCAGCAGGCCAGCACCUCUUCGACGGGGGAUGCCCUGCAGUUGAGCCGGGAAAAUGCUGGCAUCGCCCUGAUCAUCAACCAACAGAAGUUCCACAGAGACGUCGGCCCAGAACUGAAGAAAUAUCUGUCUCCAAAGAAUUUGGAAAGACGCGAUGGCACGGAUGUGGACGAACGGCGGCUCAACGAGGUCUUCUCCUCAAUGGGCUACCAGGUGGAGUCGCACUCCAAUGUGGACCACAUGGAAAUGGUGCACCUGAUCCGCAACGCAUGCAGUAGAUCCACGAUCCGAGACUCGUUGGUGGUCUGUAUCCUUAGCCAUGGAAUCGAGGGCGCUGUGUAUGGGGCCAACAGUAUCGCUUUACGGAUUUCGGAACUUGAGAAUGUGCUCUGCAGCGAUGUCCCCACCCUGUACGAUCAAACCCAUUGCUUGAUCAAGCUACUGUUCAUCCAGGCGUGCCAGGUGGAGACAGACAAGAAGCUGUUGGAGAAUCAGCAUGGACUACCGUUUCCUUUGGAUGCCACCACACAGUCGCCGGGCCAGCACUUGCAUAUGCUGCGAGCCAAUUCAACGGUGAAGGGAUUCUCUGCCCUGCGGCACACGCACACCGGCAGCUGGUUCAUCCAGAGCCUGUGCGAUAACAUCGUUAAGCAUUCGGAUAGUGUACAUAUAGCUGACAUCCUGAUGAUAGUCACCAAGGAAGUGUCAGGGAAGCGGGGCAAGAACAACGAGUCAAUGGUGCCUGACACAAACGUUAGGCUGACGCAGCAUGUAUAUUUACCACCGCGAUGUCCCUAAUUGGAUUGAAUUUUGGAAGGACGACGCAAUUUCUGCAAUAUGUUUAGUAAAACAGUACGCGUUCUUAUUCUUCAGGAAAAUUGAUACAAAUUGCUUUCCAUUGAAACCAGACCAGCCUUUAUCAGUCAAGAAUUCAUUUGUCUAGAUACUUUUACUGAUAAGCAAUAAAAUUAAGAAGAACCCAAUGCAAUAAUCUAUUUCCAUCAAUGUCUUGACUCUGUAGUCUUUUUAAAUAUAGAUCUCCCUACCUACAGCGUUGGGUCUUGCGAUUCUUUUUUGUAUUUUAAGUCUUUUGGACCUUUUCAAUAACCUGUUUUGAGCAAAACUCUCUGUCUCCCUAAUUUCAAAGUGUCCGUUGAUAACCAGUUUUUAAAAAACACUUUAAAUUAGUUUUUUGCGAGUACUGUGACAUAUUAAUGAAGCAAAGCUUGCUACCUGCCUCAAUUAACUAUUAAUCAAUGUAUAUAUAUAAUUAUUGAAAUACAAUUUAAAUCAAUUACAAUUACAAAUGUAAAGCUUUGAUACACUUGCAUUUAUGUCAAAAAUCUUACAUAGACAUUAGGCUUUUUAUAAUUG